AAAGAUCGCUGGGUUGCUAAUGAUUUUCUUCUAAAUUUCAAUUUUUAUAGGAGCAAGUUAAAUUCUUUUCCACCACAAAUACCCUUCAUGGUACCAGAUGACUGGGUAGAUGAAUCAACUUUGGAGCUUUUUAAUAGUGCUGAUACUUAUUAUGCUCUUCUACUGCCUUGUUUAAUGCCUGUGAUCAUUAUUCAUUUUAUUUUGAUUGAAGUUGGCCUUGAAUUCUUUAUAAACAAUUAAAUGUUCCAAUAUUGUAUCAAAUGGAAGCUUUUAAACAACAAUUUUCGAAGAAGAAUAUGUUGGAAAAGUCAUGAAAAUGAUAAAAUAAUGAAGAAUAUUGAAAACAUAGGCAUAAACACUUAAAAUCCCUUUUAUUUUUAUGAAUAAAAUUAAAAUAAAUUUAUUGGAAUGUUUUUAGAGACAAUAAUAGUUGCCUUUUUCUAUUUUAUCUUUUUUCAUAAACUUCAUUUUUCUUAAAUUGCAUGCCUCUGGGCUGUUGAAAACAAGCCUCGAAAUUUUUUCGAUACUUUGUAAAAAAGACCUCGAUCUCGUCUUUAUAAAAACUAACCAAAAUCUCUUCAAUACUUGACCCGCUUUAUGGGUCGUUGGUUUUGCGCGCGCAAAUGUGGAUAAUGGAUAAAACCGCUUUUUUUUUAGUUCUCUCAGAUGGUGGUAGAGUGGUGUUGC